AUGGAGUCCCACAUUCAACGCCUUGUUGAUCAGACCUGGGAAAAGUUCCAGAAAUGCGACGGCUCGCAACGGCUCCUGAUCGCCAUUUCGGGCAUCCCAGGCAGCGGCAAAACCACACUCGCGGCAUCUGUCUGUGCAGGGCUGAACAAAACUCACCACAACCAUUAUCACAAGCGGUUCCCCAACAGUCCCAACCGCUCGGGUCCCGACAUCGCCUUUGUCGUCCCGCUCGACGGCUACCACUUGACCCGCAAGCAGCUCAGCGAGAUGCCCAACGCCGAGGAAGCCGUCUUCCGCCGUGGUGCGGCGUUCACGUUUGACCCGCACAGCUAUGUGAAGUUGGUGGAGCAAGUGCGCAGACCCAUCAGCCCGGAGACGUCGACCAUCUACGCACCCAGCUUCGACCACGCCGUCAAGGACCCCGUGGCGAACGACAUCGCCAUCCCGCCCACGGCUCGCAUCAUCCUCUUUGAAGGCCUGUACACGGCCCUGGACGAAGAUGGGUGGAGGGAAGCCCACGAGUUGAUGGACGAGACGUGGUUCGUCGACGUCGACAUACCCCGGGCCACGCAACGGGUCGCGAAGCGCAACUUUGCGGCGGGACUCUCGACUUCCUUCGAAGAGAGCCUCGACCGCACACAAAAAUCCGACAUGAGCAACGCCAAGGAGGUUCUGGAGAAGCGGUUACCCGUUCAGGAGAUUGUGCCCAGCGUCGAGGAUGAGACCUGGCGCAGCGAGGAGGUCAGGAACGUCGACGGCCAGUUGCAGGGGGAAGAAGGAGACGGCGACGACGAGGACCGGGAAAAGGACGGUGAAGAAAUGAGGAAGGAAAGGAUGACUAGGAUGGACAGCAUUGCUCUGCUGGCUGCGGACGGGGUUGGCAUGUGA